UCACACGAAAUAUCGUGCAGCCCUAAAUUGGAGACGCAGCUAAAACUCCGCAGUCAGAAGUCAAAACGUGCUCUCUUACCGGUUCGAAUGGAUCGUUUUCCAACAAAAAUCGAAUUGGACUCUUCAUUUGAUGGACUAUUAUUUUGGAAUAGUACAAGAAGUAACAAAUGGGUCGAUUUGUUAUUCGCACGUUUCCGUCCUCGGGGUUACACUGCCUACGCCGAGUGUGAGGCCGCAACACCCGAUCACUUCUUUUGGUGUUUUGCGACUCCGUGUGACGAUCGCUGAGCAAUUACGUGGCGUCCCCGUCUUUCUCCUCGGCGAUGAUACUUCCUACGCUCCCGCCAAAUGGGAUGUCAAUUGGGAAUGGAUUGGCGCACAUCUGUUUUUUUAGGCCGCCGGCCGUGAUGGCUCGCUAAUUUCAUGUAUUGCCUCAUCUUAACUGUGACAUAAUUAUCCCGCUAUGUAUUUUAGCAGCUCUUGGAGUGCGAGGUCAUUCUCUGCUUCCUAUGCGUGUUUGAGUGCUAAACUGAAGCACACACCGCCUCACUGCCAUCUGCAAACUUUGCUUGCCUCUUGACCAUUAUUUUGUAAACCUGAGCCCUUGACUUUCUAUCAUUACGUGAAGUUCCUCAUAUUACUAUAUGUUGUGCGUUCCGGUGGUUUGCAAGCUUUCCAAUGAUACCGACCUUUUGAACAUUUGGAACUCGGAUUCGCGCGCGCGCGCGCGCACACACACACACACACAAUGGGCCAUUUAAAAUCCAGAAACUGGAGCAUUUUCACCCGCGUUACAAAUUCAGAACUUUAAUAUUUGUCGCAGGAAAAUGAUCCGUCUGCUCAUACUUGUGGCCUGUAAACUGACUUCGCACACUCGAAAUCUGAACCGGUUCAUAAACGAGUCGAGCGAAAUCGGCCUGGUAGCGUUCUCGCUCGUUCCCAUGUCACAGUUAACUGUUCAGUGCGCGACGUCAUGUACGCCCGACUCACCUUUUGCCAACGCUGCUCCUGUUUUGGUUGUUUUGCACACGCGGAGCUGGCGAGCGGGCGACUCAGCAGGACGCGAAGGCGGGGGCGCUUCCGCCUACGUCAUAUCUAGGCGACUGAUCGGAACCGCAGUCGCAUCCUGGUGACGAAGGCGAAACUUGGGGCACGGCUCCCUCGAACGAACAAACAAAAAAAAACACCGCGCCUCCUAGAACCAAACGGGCGCAAGCUUCCCCAAGCCUCUCACCUCCGCUUCGCUGUGUGCAUGCCGGCUUGGCUGUUUGUCAAAUGGCCACAGUCAUUCGUUGUUCGAGGAAAUCUGUUCAUCUUUAUAAUCGAAGUGCCUUGUUUAUGCAUUAUGCAUGCAAUGUUGUUUGAGGAGUCUAAUUUAGGCGCAGUGUGGCGAUCGUCAAGGUAGUGUCAGUCUGCCACCAAAACCGGUGCGAUUUUGACUGUCAAAAUAAGAACAAAACAGGAAUUGCUAUGUUGGCUACUUAAAUGUUGCAGGUUUACCAUUAUUUGGAUAGCUUUGCUUUGUAAAGUCUCCUCAUUGAUCCUAUGUCAUGUGCCCUUUUCUAGUUGGACUUUUUUUGUCCUUCUCUCUGAGAAAACCACACCCACAAAACUAAACAUGCAUGAAGAGACAGGAACGGAAGUAAAGGAGAAAAAGAAACAUUUUGAAUUUGCAAGUAUUUUCAUGGGCACCUAUCCCAGCUGACUGUGGGCGAGAGGCGGGCUGCACCCUGAACCGGUCGCCAGCCAAUCGCAGGGCACAUACAAGCAAACAACCAGUCCGCACUCACAUUCACACCUACGGGCAAUUUAGAGUCUUCAAUCAACCAACCACGCAUGUUCUUGGGUUGUGGGAGGAAACCGGAGUACCCGCAGAAAACCCACGCAAGCACAGGGAGAACAGCUGCGAGACAGAUUGGGACUCGUGAUGCAGUGCUGUCUCAAAAGUAGCAAAAUGAGGGAUGAUUUAACUUUACGAAGUGCAACAGAAAUGGCGAGACACUAUGAGCUCAUUAAGGACAGAAUCAAGAACGACCUAGCUCGGCUAAUGUUGGGGGCUAAGGGGUAAGGACAGAAUCAAGAACGACCUAGCUCGGCUAAUGUUGGGGGCUAAGGGGAAGCGAGGCUCCAGUGCUAGUGUCGCAAAAACACACAAACAAAAGAAUGAGAGUGUGCAAAAGUGUGGAAGAUGCAAAAAGGAACAUGGUGAUUUUGAGCAAUGUUCAGCAAAAAGGAAAAGAUGCAACAAGUGCAGGAAGUUGGGCCACUUUGCAGUAGCAUGCUAUACAAAAAAUGUGCAGGAAAAAACGGUCAGCAACUGUAAAGAUGACAAUGUUGUGCGUUUCGUAUCUAGUAUUUUUGUGUUCACUUAUUUAGGCUAAAGCAACAGCGAGCGAGGUCCUCACAGAGGAUGAGCCACCGUGGUACAUCGUCAUGAACACUGCCAACUUGAAAAUAGACUCGGGGGCGGAUACAUCAGUGAUUACUCAAGCUACAUGCGAUAGCCUAACGAAAAAUCCUCGUCUCAAACCCAUGAAAGGACCGCCGCUUGGCAGCACUGUGAUCACAAAAGGACAGUUUACGGCCAAAAUUAAGGUUGAGCUCAUCGACGCACCUGUCGGAGGCAAUGCACGGACAUUAUGGACAACUCCAAUUGUAAUACAAUACACUUACCAAUCGCAAAAUGGGAAAAUACCUCUCAGUGUCUACUCAAAAUGAUUCUUCUCAUCUCAAUGUAUUACUUUGUCCUCUCCUCGGUCCUCUCAGUGUCACACUUCAUCAAGUCUCCUUCUCUCCUUUCCUACCAGAAGAUACACCAAGUACUCUCCUGCCUGCCUCUCCGAUCACCUCGGCCGCAGCGGUCCAGUCUUCUGGAAGCUCCUCCCGUCCACCGAGAGCCCGUCUCAGCUCUUCCCGAAAAGCCGCACAACACUCGUCCUGUCUCAGCUUCCACCACAUGGUUCUCUGCUCUACCUUUUGUCUUCCUAAUCUUCCUCCCCACCACCAGAGUCAUCUUCCACACCACCAUCCUAUGCCGUCCAGCCAUACUCUCCCCUACCACUACCUUACAGAACCUUCUUCAGAUGACAUCGUCUGCACAAGAUGUAAUGCUUCUACCGCCGCUCUUGUCGGUCACCCUAUGUUCCUGCCUCUUCUGGAAAAAAGUGUUCACUCCAGCCAUUUGCAUCCAUUUUGUAAACUCUACCACCAUCUCUCCCUCCAAGUUCCUUUCCUGGAUGCCGUACUUACCCAUCACUUCUUCAGCCCUGUUUCCUUCACCAACAUUGCCAUUCAAAUCUGCACCAAUCACAACUCUCUCUCUGUCUGGGAUGCUCAGAACGACUUCGUCUAGCCCCUUCCAGAAUUUCUCUUUCACCUCUCUCUUUCAUUCCAUUCAUCCAUCUCCUUCCGCUCAUCCGAGGUCGGGUCGGCGGAGUCCAACCCUCACUGGAAACGGAUCCGAUUUACUGCCGGCAACGUGGACCCAAUUCUGACACCGGUCGACAGGGACCAAACAGGCUGUAAUUCCUGUAUUUAAUUAUUACUGGUUUCGUCCUUGUGGAUCGAAAGCAAACAUGAAGCUGUUCCUGCUCCUGCUGCUGGUGGCCGUCUGCUCAGCAGAGUUUUACAUCGAGUGUCACGGCCGAGACGACCUGAUGCUCACGCCGCAGAUUCUGCAGUGUCGAAGUGCGGUCAAGCAGGCCUGCUACAGCAGAGACAACGGCGAGAAAGGCUGCGCCGCGUUGGACCUCUGCUCUCGGCCCGGAUGGCACUGUUGCUAUAGCGACCGCUGCAACCUGUGACCGCGACGGUCGAUCGCCACGCGCCGCAUUUUGCAAUAAACACGUGCAACCUCUCA